GCAAACCUAACCUUGACCCAUCAAAAACCAACGGUCGUCAGACUUGUCGGACUUGUCUACCGGUGGAUAUUUUCUCCUCCGGCUAAAGUCACUAUCAUUUAUUCAUUCCGUUAUCACACGUAAUCAAUCACUUGAAAAAACAAGGAAAUUUUUAAAAAAUAUGGCUCGUGUAAUGGCGACGAAGGAAGCUGUGGAGAAGGCAUUGAGAGACGACAGUAAACCCUGGACAAAAUUAUUCGCCAUGGCAGAGGCCAAAACAGGUGUUGACAGACUUUACAUUUUUGUGGCAUCUGUUGCAUUCCUGGGGCUAUACCUAGUAUUUGGACUUGGUCAACAACUUAUAUGCAACAUCAUUGGAUUUAUCUAUCCAGCUUAUUGCUCAAUGAAAGCACUGGAGACACCAAAAAAGGAUGAUGAUACUAAAUGGCUUACUUACUGGGUUGUCUUUGCCGUUUUCACUAUUAUUGAGUUCUUUUCCGAUUUCAUCGUCGGAUGGUUCCCUGUUUAUUGGCUGUUCAAGUGUGUUUUUUACAUCUGGCUGAUGGUCCCAUUGGAAUACAAUGGAUCUCUCAUCAUCUAUCAUCGUUUCAUCAGACCAAAAUUCAUUCAAUAUCAGCCGAAGGUCGACAACAUCAUGACAAAUGCUCGAGACGCUGCAGUGAAGGCUGCAGCGGACGUCCUAUCCCACGAGAAGGAUAAUUAAUCAAUAAUUCAACAACGAUUAAGUGAAUAGGUUGCCAUUUUUUAAUAAUAAACAUUUGACUUGAAAUUCGUUGAAACCAAUUUUAAUCAGGUUUUCCAGUGUACAUCAACGUGAGAAAAUUAGUAUUAACAAUAUCGCACAAUUUGCCUUUCUGAUUCUUAAAUACUUUUUUUUCAAUAAAUAAUUACAUUCAAGUUAUGAAAAUUAA